AUGAGUAACAUAGGAAAUGAUAGUGUGAUUCCAGAAUCAUCUGAAGAUAAUGAGGAAAUUUUCCAAGAUAAUGUGUGUCCUCCGUUAAAUGACGAACUGGUAGGAGAACACAUUAAAAAAAGGAAUUCAAAAAAGAGUGAGGAUGGGGUGGUAAGAUAUGUGGCCUAUGCAUGUAGUCGAGAAGGUAGAAGAAUUAGUCAAGCUAGCACAUCUCUAAAACCUCAACUAACUAUUCGAAUAGGGUGUAAAGCUAAGAUCACAGCCGUUUUAGUUGUUUUUGGAAUAUGGCGAAUAAGCACGGUCCAUCUUGAGCAUAACCAUGAAACAAGUCCAAGCAAAUCUAGUUUGUAUCGAUGCAAUAGGCAAUUGAGUGAACAUGUGAAACGACAACUUGAAGUUAAUGAUAUAGCUGGAAUUUCACUACAAAAAACUUAUAACUCAGCUGUUGUUGAGGCUGGUGGGUAUGAGAACUUGGAGUUUGUGGAAGAGGAUUGUAGAAAUUAUAUUGAUAAGGUGAGAAAGUUAAGACUUGGUGAAGGAGAUGCUACUGCUAUUCAGGCGUACUUUUCAAAAAUGCAAGCCCUUUGUCCAGGUUUUUACUUUAGUGUCGAUUUGGAUGAAGAGUGUCGAUUGAAAAAUGUUUUUUGGGCUGAUUCUAGGUGUAGAGAAGCAUAUAAAGAAUUUGACGAUGUUGUUACAUUUGACACAACAUACCUUACUAACAGGUAUGACAUGCCAUUUGCUCCAUUCGUUGGAGUAAAUCACCAUGGACAGUCGACACUUUUUGGAUGUGGGCUAGUUUCCAAUGAGGACACUUGGACUUUUGUGUGGUUAUUUAGAACAUGGCUUCAGUGCAUGGAUGAUCGGGCUCCCAUAGGAAUAAUUACUGAUCAAGAUAGGGCAAUGCAAAAUGCAAUUCAGAUAGUAUUCCCUAAUACAAAGCACAGGUGGUGUUUGUGGCAUAUAUUAAAGAAGUUGUCGGAAAAAUUUGGGAACCAUAGAUAUAAGGCCUCCAUUCUUUCAGCCGUACACGACGUGGUGUAUGAAUCACAGGGUUCGGAAGAAUUCGAACAGGGAUGGAUUUUAAUGAUUGAAAAGUAUGCAUUGCAUGAGAAUAAUUGGUUGUCUGGACUCUAUAGAGAAAGAUCCUGUUGGGUCCCAUGUUUCUUGAAGACUAGUUUUUGGGCUGGGAUGUCAACAACACAACGAAGUGAGAGCAUGAAUGCAUUUUUCGAUGGUUAUGUGCACUCAAAAACCUCGCUUAAACAAUUUGUUGAACAAUAUAAGCGGGCAAUGAAGUCUAAAGUUGAAAAGGAAUUUCAGGCUGACGUUAAGUCGUUUUCUCAGAUGGUCCCAUGUGCCUCGAGGUAUCCUAUGGAGAAACAAUUUCAGGAAGUGUACACAAUCUCAAAAUUCAAGGAGUUUCAGGACGAGUUCACAGGGAAGAUGUAUUGUGAGGUUUUAUCUAUCGAAGAGGGAUUGUUCGGUAUGAGCUGCCACAUGUUUGAGUGUAGGGGAAUAAUUUGCAGACAUGUUAUCACAGUAUUGAUCAGAAAUGGUGUUAGAACAAUUCCAGAGAGGUAUAUCUUAAGGCGAUGGAGAAGAGAUAUUGCAAACGUGGUUUCAGAUGAUGAAGAACGUACCCGAGCAACUAUGGAAUGGAUGGAAUCUCAAAUGAAUGCAUUAAGAAUAUGUAAUGUGAAUCCAAGCUAUGGUAGUAAUAAAUAUGCUAAGAACAUUGUGCAAGAACUAGUUCCUGAUUGUAAAGAGGCAGCAACAGUUUCAAGUGGGCAAAUCUUGGAUCCAAGAUGCUCGCAAACAAAAGGAGCCCCUAGGAAACUUUGCAAAAAGGGCCCAUUGGAAACGAGUUCAAAGAAAGCAAAAGUGGGAUCCUCGAAAUCAAAACAAGCCAAGACCCCGGCAGAAAACACUGUUGAAGUCACUCAAGUAUUCAAUGAAGGUUUAUCACAAGAAGCACAACAUCCUUAUCUUUUGUUGCAGGCUGCUGACUAUCAAACAUGGAAUUCUGUUCAUGGACUGCAUAUGGUGCCUACUUUUGGCACUACUCAGCCUUUCAUGCCGAUGUAUGCGCCCCAUCUACAACCCGAUGACAAUCCACCAGAUGUUUGA